AUGGCGUCCAUGAGGUAUCUUGCCUUGGCUGCCGCCCUGACGAGCGCAGCGCAAGCUUCACUGUACGGCGAGACUACCGAAAACCACACUUGCAUCCUUGACCCGCUCGCCCUCUCCUGCUCAGCUCAAGCUCAGCCCAACCUGGUGGACUCGUGCUGUACAGAGACCUACGGCGGCCUCCUCCUGUCCACUCAGUUCUGGAGCACUUACACUGGCCUUGAGACGCAAGGUCAAAAACUGCCCGCCAAUACAUGGACACUCCACGGAUUAUGGCCGGACUUCUGUAACGGGUCAUACACGCAGUAUUGCGACUUGUCUCGACAAUACGAUCCAGUCCCAGCGCCAAACACGACGAACGGCCUCCCCAACGGAACCGUCGUCCCGCCGUAUACCGGGCCAGACGUGGGCACGUUCAUCGAAGAAUUCGGCCGCUACGACCUCCUGCAGUGGAUGGACAAGUACUGGGUCAACCAGGGCGCGCCGAACACUGAUUUCUGGGGCCACGAGUUCUCCAAGCACGCCACGUGCUUCUCGACGUUCGACCUGCCCUGCUACGGUCCCCAAUACGUCGAACACCAGGACGUGAUCGAGUUCUUCGAGACCGCGAUCAAGUAUUACCGCCGGUUGCCGACGUGGGGGUGGCUCAAGGAGGCCAAGAUCGUGCCCAGCAACUCGACGACGUACACGCUCGCGGACAUCCAGGGCCAGUUGACGAAAAAAUACGGUGCCGUGCCGUACGUGGGCUGCAGUGGUCCCAGAUAUAACACCACGGAACAAGGCAUGAGGGAGAAUAGUACCGAUAGCGGACGCACCGUCGUCAGCGAGGUCUGGUAUUACAUGCAUGCUUAUGGACGUCCUCAGGAGGGGAAUACCGUCCCUGUCAAUGCCACGAGUCCCAACACGUCCUGUGCGAAGGCCAAGGGGGCAUUGCAUUACUAUGAGAUGACCCCUGGCUCGGUGCAGGAUAGCUAA